CUUACCAACGUCGCUAUCACCCACUAGUAAAAAUUUUAAUAGAUAAUCAUACUGUUUUUGUUGCGAAAUUCUUGGCUCCACAGCCAUAACAAUAUAUUUGUCUUGUACACCAUUCUUCGGGAGAAACUGGCCUACUUCACUUCACUGUCAACAUCUGAAAAUUUUCACUACAGAGGGCAGUUCGACGAUGUAAAUAAAUCAAAAUAGUGCCUCGAGUGAACGAAAAUUAACGUAAAUAUUCAGCAACUUGCAGUUUCGCAUUCAAAUGGAAGCAACAAGAAAAAAUACAGUUUCAGAUAUAAUGGAUAAGGUGUCUUUUGUUAAUUACCUUCCCAUGUUGACACGAGCUACAGCUGACAAUCAAGAACCAGUACCAGGUUAUCUCUUUCAAGAAAUCGAAACAAAUAAAGAGAUCAUACUGCAGCCAGAGCCCAGCUGUCAGUUGCUUGUGGAUUACCUAACUCAAAGGCUUGACAGACCUUCUGCAGCUGUCAAAAUGAAGGUUUUAAAAAUUAUGAAGCAUUUAGUUAAUAAUGCACCAAGACAUUUUCGAUAUCAUUUACGAAAAAAGGAUGGCUCUAUCAAGAUGGCAACUUCAUAUCAUGAAGCUCCUAAUCCCCUUACUGGUACAUCUGCUGCAGAAGCUGUACGCAAACAUUCUCAGGAUUUGUUGCAACUCCUUUUUGAUGCACAACUCAUGGCUGCUGAUGAGAAUCCUCAGUCAAAACAAGUAGCAUCAUCAAAUAUACCUAAAUUAGGUGGAUUAGGGAGUUCAAAAGCAGCAAGUGGAAAAUAUGAGGGAUUUGGUAGCAGCCCUAUGCAAAAAGAAAUGUCCAUUACAGAUAAAAUACUGCAAACUAUUGAAAGCUGGGCGUCAACACCUGAUGAGACCAAUCGUAUUAUACAAGAGGCAUUGUCCAAUGAUCCAGGAAACUAUGAACCCAUACCUGUGAAUUUAGUGCUUCCUUCUCCAUCUUUAAAACCUCCUACUCAACCACAAAAACCACCUGUAAAGAAAAGAGUGCAUAUCCCAGGCAAGGCAGGUGGUGGUUGGGAGGAACUUCCAGUUCCUUACUCAAGUAGUUUUUUAGGAGGAGACAGUGUAGUAUCAGCAGACUCUUCGUCAGACCCAGGAGCUAGAGAGACUACUGAGAAUACAGUUUCUGAAGUAGAUGACGUAAACACAUUGCCUCCUGAAGCAUCUCUUGUGCAAGAUUUUUGUUCUUCCGGGCCUCUGCCGUGUUCACUUUCAGAAAUUCGCUCUACUGGACAGAGAUGCAUCCAGUUAAAUGUCAAGGAAGUUGUGCAAUCCAUUGUGAAAGUCCUAGAAACACGUUUUCCACAGUCAAGCAGAGAGGAAAGCCAGGAAGAACUAGAGACAGGGAAUCCUGAGGUCCAGCUUACCCGAGCAAUGCUUCUACUAGAGUGGUUACUUCGCACAGAUUUGGUACAUUAUCCUACAGUUUCGGACAUGUGUUGUUCGUCCUUAACACAAAUAGCUUCUCUUAAUAAAUCUUCAGCCUCUUCUAAACCUUUACCCCUGCAGGCAAAGGCUGAAAAAUUAUUACUCAUUUUGGAAAAACUCAAAGCAUUGCCAAUCUGAUGACUAAAAGCAAUAAAAUUGUAUUUUGAUUUGUU